AAUCGACACAUUCUUAUAAAUCUCUUCAUAGUUUCCAUUAGCACCAAUCCUGCCUCUUGUUUCUUCUUGCCUUGCUUUCAUAUUUGCUUGCUUCCUGGGGCUUUGAGUUGUGAAACUCGUAAGCAUGAGUUUUGCGGAGUUUCAAUCAUGCCGUUUGCUUCUUGGUAUUGUUCUGGCAUUGUGCUUUAACCAAGUCUUGUCCACCACCAAUGAAACAGACAGACUUGCACUGCUCGAAUUUAAGGCCGGUAUAGCCGGAGAUCCUUUCGGCGUGCUCAAGUCAUGGAACAAUAGCACAGGAUUUUGCCAGUGGUUUGGUGUUACGUGUGGUCGGAGGCACCGGAGAGUCACAGCCUUGGACUUGUCAUCACAAGCACUCUCCGGAUCAAUCUCUCCUCAUAUUGGGAAUCUCAGUUUUGUAAGGGAAAUGUUACUCCAAAACAAUAGUCUCUAUCAUGAAAUCCCUCCGCAAGUCGGUCAGUUGCGCCGCCUUCGUGUCUUACGACUAGACAACAAUUCAUUGGUCGGUGCAAUUCCCAAAAACAUAUCGGGUUGCUCUAACCUUGUCCUCCUCAUUCUUCAAGGCAACCAACUAACUGGAGAAAUUCCUGCAGUGCUUGGGUCAUUGCCAAAGCUACGGGAGUUCGUUUUGUCUAUCAAUAAUUUGACCGGGAGUGUGCCUUCCUCCAUUGGCAACUUAUCUUCACUGGAGGUCCUUUAUUUGUCCAAAAACAACUUGGGCGGGAGCAUUCCUGAAGUUCUAGGCCACUUGACAAACUUGCGAGUCAUUUCCCUCGGACGAAAUAGGUUGUCAGGUACAAUUCCAUCUUUGUUACUCAAUCUCUCUUUGCUAGCUAAGUUUAGCGUCGGAGACAACCGGUUACUGGGGACUCUUCCUGCAGGCAUAGGCCUCACACUCCCAAAUCUUGAAUAUUUUAGUGUCUACUUGAACCAACUUGAGGGGCCAAUUCCUCCGUCAAUAUCGAAUUGCACAAAGUUAGAGAUGCUUCAACUUUCAGCUAACAAAUUUUCCGGGAAAGUACCUUCUUUUGAAAAUUUGCACAAGCUUCGUCGGCUUCGAAUCUUUAGAAAUCAGCUUGGAAGUGGAAAACCUGGAGACUUAAGCUUCCUUUGCUCGUUAACCAACAACACCAAAUUACAGGACCUGAAUAUUGGCUGGAACAAGUUUGGUGGGGUGUUACCUAAAUGCAUAGGUAAUUUAUCCAUUACUCUCGCAUUAUUCGUUGCAGCCGGGACUCAAAUAAACGGUGAGAUUCCUGAAGAAAUCGGGAAUUUAGUCAACCUGGAAGUAUUGUUUAUGGAUGGCAACCAGCUUUCAGGUGUUAUCCCCUCAAAUUUCGGGAAUCUACCAAAUCUAGCGGUACUGGGCUUAGUUGGUAACAAACUGAGAGGGAUUAUCCCGUCUUCUUUGGGAAAUCUAACCAGGCUUAUUGAACUAAAUCUUGGUGGGAACAACUUUCACGGGCAAAUUCCUUCACAUCUAUCAAACUGCCGGUCUCUUGAUUCGCUUGAUCUGUCUAAUAACAAUCUGAAUGGUGUCAUACCCCCGCAGCUUAUUGGUCUCACAUCAUUAUCGAUCAUUUUGGACUUGUCUCGUAACCAUUUGACUGGAGUUCUACCCACAGAAGUUGGAAACUUGAGAACUUUGACUGCGUUGGACAUCUCGCACAAUUUGUUGGUAGGUGAAAUCCCAAGUAGUUUAGGUGAUUGCACUUCAUUGACAUCACUAAGGUUGGCGGGCAACUUCUUCCAUGGGUCAAUUCCUCAAUCAAUCAGAUCGUUAGGAGGCAUUGAAGAACUAGAUUUUUCAUGCAACAAUUUGUCAGGUCAGAUUCCUGAAUUCUUAUCGGUAUUUCGUUCCUUGAAACUUCUGAAUUUGUCGUACAAUAAGUUUGAAGGCAUGCUACCACGUGAUGGAGUCUUUAAGAAUGCUACCGCUGCUUCUAUUAUUGGGAACAAUGAGCUUUGCGGUGGACUGCCAGAAUUCAAUCUCCACAGCUGCAUCUCCAGAAGCUCCAAGAGUAGAAAGAUCAAUAUGGUGAUAUUGUCCACUUCUAUUAUUUUCAGAGUUCUUGUAGUAGCUCUUAUUCUAGCUUUUAUAUAUCUUUGUUGGUUGAAGAAGAAAGUAAAUGAACCAGUUUCAAGUUCGAUGGAUGAUUCACGUCCAAGCGUAUCAUAUAGAACGCUCCUAAACGCAACCAAUGGUUUUUCUUCUAAGAAUUUGAUUGGUGUUGGAAGCUUUGGCUCUGUUUACAGGGGGAUACUUGAGGUCAAUGGAACUGUUGUUGCCGUGAAGGUGCUUGAUUUAGUCUGUCACGGUGCUCUGAAGAGCUUUAUGGUCGAGUGUGAGGCAUUAAGGAACAUCAAACAUCGAAAUCUUCUGAAGAUACUAACAAUUUGCUCGGGUAGUGAUUAUCAAGGGAAUGAUUUUAAGGCCUUAGUCUAUCAAUUCAUGGACAAUGGAAGCCUAGAACGGUGGCUACACCCAAACGCAACAUUAUCUCAUCAUAAUGAGCUUCUGGAAAAGUUGAAUUUCAUUCGCAGGAUAAAUAUUGCUAUUGAUGUUGCUUCUGUAUUGGAUUAUCUUCAUCACCAGUGCCACAUUUCCAUUGUUCAUUGUGAUCUAAAGCCAAGCAAUAUUCUCUUAGAUGCUGAAAUGGUCGCACAUGUUGGCGACUUUGGAUUGGCAAAAUUUCUUCUUGGAUCAUCCCUUGAUACUGUAGCUAAUCAGAUGAGCUCUCUGGGUCUUAGAGGGACAAUCGGUUAUGCUCCACCAGAAUAUGCCAUGGGACACGAGGUCUCAAGAGAAGGCGAUGUCUAUAGUUACGGCAUUCUCUUGCUAGAGAUGUUCACAGGAUUGAGUCCCACCAACGAGAGAUUCAGAGACAAUUGGACUCUCCAUAGUUUUGUCGCAGCAGUUUUGCCUGAACGAGCACUAGAAGUUACGGAUCACAUUCUACUUCAAGAAAGAGAGAGUUGUCUCGACCCCAACAAUCCUCAGCAUUGGCGUUCCGAAAGUAAUGGCAUAUUUCAAGAGUGUUUGAUUGUGGUAUAUAAUAUUGGAGUUGCUUGUUCCAAUGAAGUGCCUGGAAGAAGGAUGAGCAUUAGCGGUGUUGCAAAUCAACUGCAAAAGAUUAGGGAAAAGCUCUCUUGCAUUGGGUUGACAUGAACAAGAUGAACUACCGCAGCUUCACUAGGAAUCGCUAUGCGUCGUGGAAGUUGUGCGAGACAGUUCGAGAUGAGUGAUGUUGCAGUCAAGCCAAGUAUCUCUUUCAGCUUCAACCUAAAUAAGCAAAUGCUCUGUUUGGGAAAAAAAAAUGACAGUUUGAAGAAGAAAAGACUUUCAGAUUCAGCUUCCUCAUAUGCGUUAAAUCGAGAAACAGAUCUGGGCGAUUGAUAUGUGAAGCAGGAACUUCGCAAUAAUGUUUUAGCAUAACUAGUCUAUCCCAAUUCUGAUCGUGCAACUUGUGCUAUUUGUGUUUUUUCUGAUGGGGAAUGGAUCUGCAGAGCUGCUAUUUCUACAGUA